AUGACAAGUGAUGCGAUAAACGCCAUGGAAAACGACAGUACGACGGUGGUAGAGGUGGAAACGACAUUUGUGAACGAUAACGUGGUCCGUGGCUUCCUCGAUGUUGCACGUGAUACGCUGCCAGACGUCCAAGGACUCCUUCCACUGGUCCAAGUGCAGCUGGUGGCGGAUAUCUCAAGAGAGAUGCUGGAGGGCGAAGAAGUGCUGGAAAUCACCGAUCCAGAGUCACAUGGCGUCAAAAAUACCGAAGCAGGUGACGAAACGAACUCACGUGACCCCAUCGUCGCUUCUGCGCCUGCUACCCUGGUUCCUAACGAGAGCACAUUAGAGAUUCAUGUCACGCCCAAGUACACCACCAAGGACAAGAAACGAGGCCGCAAAAAGACCAAGAAGGACGAAGAUUGGUUGGUAACAUGCUUGGGUGUUGUUCAACUAGGAAACGUGGAAACCAGUGACCACGUGCUUACCGCUUUGAAACAGGCUCUUUCGGUAGCCAAAUUUAACCCGCGAAAUCGAGUCAGUGUCUUUUCAGUGAAUCCUCACGUCACUGUUACCAAAAACAAUGGUGUUUACAGCAUUUCCAUCACUUUUGGAGUCUUUGCGAAGCCUUUUGAUGGCCACGUCAACCCUGAGAUCCAUAUGGCAGGUCACCUCAACAUUGUGAAUGUCAUCCGACAGUUCCUGGGCGUAACUAAGAUAAAACAGCUACAUAAGAACGACUAUGUGACUCCUGAAUACUUCUACGAGUGCCUGGAACUCAAGGAUGAUACCGAGGUUGAGAUCAACAGAGAUCUUCAGCCGGAAGGGAUGAGAUCAAAACUUUUGGAUUACCAGCUUGAAACUGUGGGGUGGGUUCUGGAUAGAGAAAAGGGAGAAUCGCGUGAGAAGACGAUAGAGGGAAUUCCUUCACCAUGGAAACGGUUCAGGGCUCAUGGUAUCAACUGGUUGGUUGAUUUUGUGGGUCUCAACAUUGGUCCUGAGAAGGAGGUGAUGGAGAUUUUGACACGAGAUACGAAACCAACAACUGAGGACCCCGAGAUUCAAGCAGUAUCACGUGACGCAGAUUUUAAGGCUGGAUAUGGACUUAUUGCUGAUGAAAUGGGUCUUGGAAAGACAGUUGAGCUACUAGCUGUAGUCCUGAAUAACCCCAGACCUGAAUUUCCACCGCAAACACACUACGAUCUGUACUCUGACAGAGACGUGUUACCUACCAAGACGACUCUCAUUUUAUGUCCUGCCAGUAUCAGUCAACAGUGGAUUGCUGAGGUUACUAAACAUGCUCCCAGUCUCUCUGUCUUUCUGUACACUGGUCGAGCAGCUUUGGAUGCUCAAAGAGAGAAGGAAGGUACUCCCGAUACCGAUAUUGAGGUUGGAAUUGACUCAGAUACUGAUUCAGAAGGCCCUCUUGUUUCAAAACAUGCACAAUUUCUCUCUCAGUUCGACAUUGUAGUCACAUCCUAUGAAGUUGCAUCUCGCGAGGUUGCCAACGCUCUUUACAACCCUCUGAGAGGUCGUGUAACUCGCACCAAGACGAAGCUAAAGUCGAAAGAUACCCGAGAUGUCGAUCUCGUGCAAGACCGGCUUUCCCUCCAAUCUCCACUGAGUCAGCUUCAGUUCUGGCGUGUGAUUCUGGACGAGGUUCAGAUGGUGGGAAACACGGUCUCCAACGCAGCUGUUGUAGCUCGUAUUAUUCCCCGAGUGCAUGCAUGGGGAGUCAGUGGUACUCCUAUAAAGAAGGGCAUGCCUGACUUACUUGGCAUGUGUGUGUUUUUGAGAUGUGAACCCGGCGAGUUUUAUGGAAGAAGUGAUUAUGCGUAUAACUACUCUUGGCAAAACGGAUACCUCAGCACAACUAUGACAGCAUCUGGAGUAAGUCAUCAAAAACACUGGGAGAUGCUCAUGCUUGACAAGCCUCGGUUUCGAGACGUUAUUCGUCAAAUGUCUAUUCGACAUACUAAGCGACAGGUCAGAGAUCAACUAGUAUUGCCUCCUCAGGAAAGACACCAUGUGAGACUCAGAUUCAAUCUAGUCGAGGAAGAAAACUACCGACACCUGCGUGAAGGUGUUGAGAGUGCCGUCAGUGAGGCAGUGGCUAGUUCUCUCAUGAGAGAAGAGAGGGAAGCUACACGUGAGGCAGCUGUGGUGGAUAGGUAUGGCGUUCUGCCUUCAAGUGUCACUCCCCCUGUGAGCAACAGACCUAGAGGCACUUUCAACAUCGGAGGCUCUAAUCCCUAUGCUAGUAUCAUGGCGAAUAUCAACAACACAGUCAUUGAACCUGAAAUUGAGAUUGAUCCCAGUAUCACUUCUAGUGGAGAGGGUGACGGCCAACAUGUCUACACUACCUGGUCGGGUGCUGUAGACACGUAUGGUGGUGAGUCUAGCGGUACAGCUGCUAGUAGCACCGAUGCUGACGGCGAUGAUAACGCUCAAUCUCCCACAUCUGAUACAGCUAGCAACACUGACAUCAAUGUUAGUGCUAUUCCCGAUAUAGAGGUAUCCCCGACUGCCACCCCUACAGCCUCCACCAGAUCCCAAAAUGGAACUUCUGCUCCUCCAGCAUCUUCCGCUCCUGCGGAUUUAACAACAGCAACCCUCUCUUCCUGGCUGUUACGGUUACGACAAACCUGCUGCCAUCCUCGAGUCGGUUCUGGUAACAAGAAGGCUCUCGGAAACGGUAUUCUUCAAACUGUCAGUCACGUGCUGGACGCCAUGUGCGACCAGGCGCUCACCCAGCUGCUGAACGACGAGCGAAGUCUGUUUGUCGAAGAGCUGGAGAAGGCACGAGUUCACGAGUUCAACAAACAACCAGACAUUGGACUCACAGUGCUUCAGUCACGUGUUUCUGAAGUCGAGGUUCGAACUGGUGAGAUCCGAGAUAUGGCUGUUGCUGCGGCUACGCGGUAUGCUAUGAAGAAGAAGGAGGUAAUUUCCGAGUGGAAGCGUAUUGGUGAGGUUGAUAACAAGCGCAAGUUGGAGGAGAGUGAUGACGGUGCUGCUAAUGUUAAGAAAGUCAAGGUCGAAAAAGAGGAGAAGGAGGAAGAAGUGGCAAAGGAGGAGGUUUCCGAAGAUUUUAAAAUGGAGGGAACUGAGAACAACUCCAUUUUUGGAGCUCCAACUGCUUUUCUGGGCUCUGAUUCGGAGUCUGAGAGCACUGGUAAGAUGUCCAAACCAUUACAAAAGUACCUGAACAACUCCGAGGAACUUCAGACGGAGAAGGAGCGAAAACAGGCUUUUCUGCACCGGUACAGGAGCUGGAUGGAUCUUAUGCAUCGGUACUAUUUUUUCAUUGCUACUUUUCAUUUCCAAGUUGGAGAAGCUAAAAAAGUGGCUGAGGAGAAGAAAGAAAAAGAGGAUGGGAAGGACGAUGAAGAGAAGGAAGAUGAAGAGAAGGAAGAGAUUGAGGUCAAGAAAGAGGAGGAUGAAGGGACCAAGAGUGACGAUCUGGAAACGCACUAUUACACGCUGGCAGAACAAAUCCGAACCCAGCUACUUCAACGCCCUAUUGAGAGAGUAGACCAAGACGUGGGUCGACUUGAACGGGCCAAGGAGCUGGAGAUGGUUCAGAUCCCUGUUGAUACCUUGACUCGAGAUCUAGUACAGGCUUCUCCUUUCCUUGAGGCACGUGUUUCGGGUCUACUCGAGAUCAUCAACCAACAGUCCGAAUAUCUUGAAGAAUGGAUGACCAGAGUUCGAGAGCUGUUGGUUGCACGUGACGAGAAGGACGUGAAAGAAACAGAUGAGAAGAAGAAUAAAGGAGAUGUCGAGAAAGUUGAAGGCGAAAACACUGAUCCUUAUGCUUCUGGAUUAGACAACCAACAAUAUGCGUCGGACUACCUUGAUGCUAUAUCGUACCUGCUGCAACUCAGAGAUGAAGCUCUCAAUGCCAAGACUACGGCCUCAGCAGCCGACAAGAUCCAAGUUAACUUGUGGUACCACAAUGACUACGAAGAAGAGCUUACCGAUCUUCAGGUGGCCCUCAAGGAAGCUCUGGACGCUUGUCAUGUGAGUCCCACUCUUGGUGCCCUCAAACCUAUCGUUGCUGCUCUGAAGACGGACUCUGGAGCUGUUUCAUUGUCAAUUUACAACCCGAAAUGGCCUCCCAAGUUGCUGUCCAAGCUCAAUCCGAUCGUUAAGACAGUUACCUCGACAACCAAGGCUUGCAGAGACCUGUUGUCAGUCGUUAGAAGCUGUUUCAACUCGAAGGUUGUCUAUUACAAGCAGCUGCAGCAACUGUCUGACAAUGUGAGCAGUCUGGAGGAACUCAUCGAGCCUGGUUAUGUCACACUGGAACGCCUGAACGCCAAAAUAAACCAUCUCGUACCUUUAAUCAAGCGUACAAAGGGCCGAAUCACAUACUUACAGAGUCUCAAAGGUGAUGAUGACACAACUGGAGUUUCCAACAUGACUGGAAUUCAUAAAAUGUGUGUCAUCUGUCAGGAUGAUUAUAUUAUCGUGGGAUCCAUCACUGUCUGUGGCCAUUACUUUUGCAGAAACUGCCUGGAAGAGUGGUGGCAGACACAUAAUACGUGUCCAAUGUGCAAGACUGUAUUGUCCCGCGACGAUGUGUUCUCUUUCACCCAACAGGACAAGGAAGACAAGUCACGUGCAGGUUCUUUCGCUGCUCGGAUCAAUCAAGAUGACGCCAUUGGAGCAAUGUAUGCGCCAGUGUCGGAGGACACUCAACAGUUGAUGAGCAAACAGAGCAUCAAGAGUGCGUAUGGCACAAAGAUUGACCACGUUAUCAAGUAUAUCAAGAUGCUCACUCAUCGGGCUCCUGGCACUCAGAUUGUCAUCUUUUCUCAGUGGGCAGAGAUUCUCACAUUGUUAGCUUCAGCCCUCACUGAGAACAAGAUUGCAUACGCGGAGCCGAAAACACUGAUGUCUUUCUUGCAAUCGGAAGAAGUCACGUGUUUCCUCUUGAACGCAAAGUUCCAGUCCACUGGCCUGACUCUUGUAAAUGCCACUCACGUCAUUCUAUGCGAGCCCAUUCUCAACGCUGCUCUUGAGGCUCAGGCCAUCAGUCGAAUCCACCGAAUGGGCCAGACUCAGACUACCCACGUGACUAUCUUCACUAUGGCCGAUACUGUUGAAGAAGAGGUUCUGCGUCUUGCUAUUAACAAGCGGUUGAAAAGUAUGGACGGUGAUGAGACGUUUGAGGAGAAUGAAUCUCGACAUGUGACAUCAGGAGUGGGUGCGCUCGCCACCGAUAAAUCCGGAGAGGUGGUCAACCGUCAGGAUAUGUGGGACGCUUUGUUUCCCAGUGACGGGUAA